CUUGCAUGAACUGGCUAACAGUUUACGUUUAUUACAGUAAAUAGUAGGUUUGCCAAGGGUUGUAAAGGGCUAUGGUGUUUGAAAAGUCCUUAAAUGAUCUUAUCAAGGGAAUAAGAUCCCAUAGAGACGAUGAAGAUAGUUAUGUCAACAGUUGCUUAUUGGAAUGCCGAAAAGAAGUGUCAAGUCAAGAUGCAGAAAUCAAAGCUGAAGCUGCUUUGAAGCUUGCAUAUUUGGAAAUGUUUGGAAAUGACGUUAGCUGGGCAAGUUUUCAAAUCAUCGAAGUUAUGGCUUCUUCACAGCUUUCUCAAAAACAGAGAGGAUAUUUGGCUGCGGUGCAAUCUUUUAAGCCAACAACUGAUGUCCUUAUGCUCACAACCAAUUUAAUAAAAAAGGACAUAAUGAGCUCAAAAGUUCCAGAAAUUACCAUAGCAAUCAACGGAUUAUCACAUAUCUCUACCUAUGGGCUAGCACGAGAUUUAUACCAAGACGUAUUGAUUCUAUUAAAUCAUUCGGUACCCUAUGUACGAAAACGUACAAUUAUGGUUCUCUAUAGACUUUGCUUGCAAUAUCCUGAUGCCAUUCCUAUUUGUGUUCCAAAGCUCCGAGAGCGAUUAGAUGAUACGGACAUCUCAGUCGUUAACGCUUCUGUCAGUGUAAUAUGUGAGCUGGCUCGCAGAACACCAAAAAACUAUUUGGAGUUUGCUCCUGACUUCUUUCAUUUAUUAACAAAUUCUUCUAAUAACUGGAUGCUUAUCAAGCUUGUAAAGUUGUUUGCGUCUUUAACCCCUUAUGAACCAAGGCUUGUAAAAAAGCUUGUUCCAGCUUUAACUCAAAUUAUCGAGACUACGCAUGCUAUGUCUUUACUGUAUGAGUGCAUAAACACCAUUGUAUCUGGAAAUAUGCUAGCAGGUUAUUCUCAUUCCGAUCGACUUGCUUGGUUGUGUGCAACAAAAUUACGUGAGUUUUUUCUAGACUCUGAUCAGAAUUUGAAAUAUGUUGCUUUACUUUCAUUCAAUAAGCUUGCGAAUACGCAUCAAGAGCUUGUUGCUCAGCAGCUAGAUAUAAUUCUUCAGUGUUUGGUAGACUCCGACACUUCGCUUAGGAUGAGAGCAUUGGACCUUGUUUGCCAAAUAGUUAAUGCAGGAAAUAUUGUUUCUAUCGUGAAGACAAUAAUGCUUCAGUUGGUGGCUUCAUCCGAAGACGUUCUUAACGAAGACUCUCGAACCAUAACCGCGCAUAAGCUUGUUGAAAUGACCUCAAAGUCAAACUAUGCAGUUAUUUCUGAUUUUGAAUGGCUUCUUAGUGUUUAUGUCGAUCUUUCACGCAUACCAGGAAUUCAUGUCGGGAAAAUUCUGUCAUUCCAAAUUGUUGACAUUUGCGUUCGCGUAAAAGCUCUUAGGCCAUUUGCUAUUGAUUUAUUUUCCCAAAUAAUUACUGACCCUUCUAUGAUUUUUAUGGAAGGGAAGUAUAAGGAAAGCUCCUGUGAAGUUUUACCUUCUCUUCUUUGGUGUUUAGGCGAAUAUGCGGAAUAUAUUGAAGAAUAUAUUGACGUCCUGGAUGGACUAGUUCGUCCAACCUCUAUCUCUCUUCCAAAUAACGUUCAAGCAAUACUCAUCCAGUCUAUUCCUAAAAUUUUUUGCCAAUGGUGUGUUAACGAGGAAGCGGCCUGGAAUACAGAGAAAUUGGGUUUAGUGAAAUUGUGGGUUACUCGAAUUCAACAAUUUAUGGAGAGCCUGGCACAUUCACUUGAUAUGGAGUCCCAAAUUAGGGCUGUUGAAUACAGUAUUAUGUUUGCCCAAAUUCAAGAAGUUCUCAAUACUGAUGAUUAUUCCGAAAUUCUCAGGUUUCAGAAAGGACCUCCUUACAUUAUUAAAAGCACGGUUUUUAAUCUAUUCUUUACUGAACCGUUUAACCCAGUCGCUACCAAAGCACAGAAAAGGGUAUUGCCUCCUGAAGGUUUGGAUUUAGAUACUCCCAUAAACGGUACUAUUGAAGUUCCCAAAAAGUUGAUGGAUAUGAUAGACGAAAGCAUUCACGUUGAAAGCGCAAGUGCAAGGGAUACUAUUGGAUUAUCAGCAAAUAGUUCCCCGAAUAUCCUACGAACAAAAGAAUCUAUUGCCGUUAGAGAUUUGAAUAGUCCCUUUUAUUUGAAUUCAAGUCCAUUUAAGGAGGAGGAGAAUACUGCAGAAGAUGACACCAACGGAAUUAACGAAGUUACCGAGAAUGAUUCUCUCUUUUCAGGCAGCAGGAUAAUGAAAGUUACUAAAAAAAGUCGACGGAGAAAAGUACUCGCUUCACCUAUUCAAGGACCUGUUGAGGUUGCUCAAGAUGAGAUACCGGAAGGAGUUCAUUUGUCAGAUGAAGAUCAAUUGGAGCGAUCAAAGAUUCAGCAAGAAAAGCCCUUGAUUUCAUUGGACCCAACUUCUUCAGCUGUUAAUGAUAAUGAUUAUGGUCGAGAGACAAACUCGAACCCUACUAUCGCUCCCAUAAAAGUUCAGAAAAAGGAGAAGAAGAAAAAGAAAAAUCAGAAUCUUGGAACCAAAGGACAGAAAAAAAAAAGUUCGAACAAAACGUGAAGAGUAAAUUGAAGACUUUGAUGUUAAGUUACGUAUAAUGUUUAUCCAUAAUUGUAAUGUUUGAUCGCUUCGGUUUAAUAAUAACACCUCAUACUCAUGUAGCUGUAAAUAUAGCUGAGUUUGCG